AUGGAAGCACUGAGUGAUGCAUUCCAGCCGUGUCGAGCCGACGAGGUCGAUCAAAUCAAAAUCAGAUCGCACCGCACCGUAACCUCUCAGAGACACAGUGAACAGCACUGCUACUUUACCGGGAGGGCGGUCAAAGGAAAAGUGCUCCGCCUCUCUCUCUCUCUCUCUUUCUCUCUCUCUCUCUCUCUCUCUCUCUCUCUCUCUCUCUCUCUCUCAUUCAGUGGAAGAGAACAAAAGGUUGGUGUUUGCACUGCCACUGAACAAAAGGAACAAAAGAUUCUCUCUCUUCUCUCUCUCUCUCUCUCUUCUCUUCGUUUUCCCUCUCUCCGGUAUGUGAACGAUGCCACGAAGACAGGCACUGGAAUGUGA